GUCACUGCCGUGUUUGCUUCUGUACAGGAGACACCACAGGAGAUCGUUACCAAGUACAACAACUACCGGACCAUCUGUACUGGACUUGGAUAUCAGAACGAAAGCUGCAAAACAGACAAUGAAGGAAAAGGGACAAUUGCUUUUCAUUCGUCACGAAGCAGUAAAUUGGAAAACUUGGUGAAUUGGCAGACAGUGAUAUUUGACAAUGAGAGAUUGAAUGAAGGAAAUGGUUAUGAUAAGAAGACAGGUGUGUUUACAGCCCCAGAGGAAGGUGUCUAUACGUUCAGCUGGACAAUCAUGACAGUAGGAGGGAGACUUUUUGUUAGUGAUCUUGUACAUAAUAAAUAUGAUAAAGCUAAUAACUACACAGAUGGAACCGGUAAGAAAGGCUAUGUAACAACAUCAAGAACUGCCAACAUCAAAAUGCAGAAAGGGGAUAAAGUAUGGAUAAGAGCAAACGGUAACAAUGGCAAAUUUGCUAUGGGAGGACAUUGGUGUACUUUUUCUGGAAAUAAAUUAUAGAUAUGAAUUAUGUAUUCAGUGAAAUAAAUUCAAGCUUGAUACAAUUUCUUGUAUACUUUUUUUAA